AUGAGCACAUCAACUCAAUCCAAUUCGUCCGGCCGUGCGCCUGCACCGGUGACCAUCUCGACCCCCACGGGCAACAAGUGGCAAGUGCCCUCGGGCAUCUUCAUCAACAACAGCUUCCACGCCUCGGUGUCGGGCAAGACGUUCGACUCUGUCAACCCGGCCACGGGCGAGAAGCUGUGCACGCUCGCGCUCGGCGGCGCUGCCGAUAUCGAGGCGGCAGUCAAGGCGGCGCGCACUGCGUUCGACACGGUGUGGGGCAAGCGCUCGACGCCGACGCAGCGCUCGCGUCUGCUGCUCAACUUUGCUGAUCUGGUGGACAAGCAUCUGGACGAGCUUUCCGAGCUCGAGAGCAUGGACAACGGCAAGCCGGUGUGGAUGGCGAGCGCCUUCGACGUGCCGGACUCGGCGGGCUGCCUGCGCUACUACGGCGGCCUGGCCGACAAGAUCGAGGGCAAGACCAUCGAGCAGACCGAGGGCGAAAAGAUCGCCUACACGCGCAUCGAGCCCCUCGGCAUCUGCGGUCAGAUCAUUCCUUGGAACUACCCCAUCCAGAUGGCAGCCUGGAAGCUCGGCCCGGCGCUCGCUGCGGGCAACUGCGUCAUCCUCAAGCCCGCAGAGCAGACGCCGCUCUCGGCGCUCAAGCUCGCCGAGCUCUCGGUCCAGGCGGGCUUCCCACCGGGAGUGAUCUCGGUGGUCAACGGCUACGGCGCUGAGGUCGGCGAGGCGAUCUCGACACACAUGGACAUUCAGAAGGUGGCCUUCACCGGCUCCACAGCCACGGGCAAGCGCAUCAUGAAGGCGGCGGCAGAGAGCAACAUGAAGAAGGUGACGCUCGAGCUUGGCGGCAAGUCGCCCGUCGUGGUGUUCGAGAGUGCCGACAUCGAGCAGGCGGUGAGGUGGGUGUGUCUCGGCAUCCUCUUCAACCAGGGCCAGGACUGCACCGCCGGCUCGCGACUGUUCGUCCAGGACUCGAUCUACGAGCAAUUCAUGCGCGAGCUCGUCGCCGCCUUCAAAGCGCACAAGGUCGGCGACCCGUUCCACGAGCUCACGUUCCAGGGCCCACAGGUCAGCAAGGUGCAGCAGCAAAAGAUCCUCGACAUGAUCGAGUCCGGCAAGCGUCAAGGCGCCAAGGUCGAGGUGGGCGGCAAGGCGUGGCAGAGCCCCGAUGCCAAGUUCCGCAACGGCUUCUUUGUCGAGCCCACCAUCUUCUCUGGCUGCCGCAAGGGCAUGCGUAUCGUUGACGAGGAGAUCUUUGGCCCUGUGCUGGCGGUGGCCAAGUUCAGCACCGAAGAAGAGGCCAUCAAGCUUGCCAACGACACCGAGUACGGCCUCGGCGCCGGCGUCUUCUCUGAAAACGCAAGCCAGAUCCAGCGCAUGGUGUCAGCGAUCGAUGCUGGCACCUUGUGGAUCAACAACUACACCGCCUUGAGCAACUCUGUACCAUUCGGAGGCAUGAAGGCGAGUGGAUUCGGUCGGGAGCUGGGCGUAGACGCCGUCAAGGCCUACUGCGAUGUCAAGGCGAUCCACUGGAACUACGGCGAGAAGCUCGACUGGCCUCUGCCCAAGCUGUAA